CGCCUUCGCAUCGAAAUCGCCUCAGAAAGCCCGGGGAUUCUUUUUUAUUAUUAUUAUUAGCGGGGAAGGGGAGCCUGCUCACUUUGGCGGAGGGAUCCGGCCUGAGGCCGAGUCGGGAGGAAUAAUAAGUUCUGGCGCGCAGUUCGGCCGCUUGAGAGGAAGGAGCGAAGCGGAGCCCGUGAGGAAGAAGCUUGCUGUGCAUGUGUGCUAUUGGCCCAAAGGAGUCACCCAUCUCUGGGGAGCAGCCUAGUCAGCCAUGGACUCUCGGCGGCAGCAGCUGCAGGAGCCACUCCUUCGGUUCCAUGACUUCCUCCUGCAACUAUAUGAGGAAGGAAAGAAGAAUAACAGUAAAGGACCACAUACAUUUGAGACUGAUAUACAAGGCUAUUUUAUUGGUGAAGGAUGUGUGAAUCCCUUGGAGAACUUCUGGGAUAGAAGUAGUGUGAUGUUUGUUUUAGAGAAAGUGAGACCGUGUGAAGAAACCAACAAACUGGAAGAGCAGCAGAUAGGUGACCCUUCUAUUUCUGAGGCUUUCCCAAAAGAGAAUUCUUCAGCAUUUGCUUUACCCAUUUCAAGAGCAAGGCAGCUGAUUUCAUUCUACACAAUGUCUCAAAAUCCAAACAUGAACCAUUUAAAAAUAAAAAAGCCAGCACUGCUUCCUCCACUGUGGGUGCGAUGUGAUCGCUCUGACCUGAAACAAACAAUUUGGGUAGGAGCUGAGCCUCUCAGCACUGGAAACAAGCUUACAGGAAUCAAGCUUUAUACAGUUACCUGCAGUGGUCCAAUUUCAAAUCAAAAUUAUUCUGCAGACUUAGAAGAACUGAAAGAGAUUCACAGAAUGAGACAUCACUCUUCUGAUUUGACAAUAAAAGGCUUUGCCCGUUAUGGGUUCCUUGAUGCCACUUCAUUGGACUCCCUCUCUCUGGAGGACAGCCUCAUUCCCUUGGAAAGAAAUAUAUAUGCUGACUUUGCUUGGAACACUGUAAUAAAGUUGCUGCAGACACCUCCCCUCACUUCUGUUGCUAUACUGAAGGUUCAGAUGGCUUCUGGGAGCCCCUUUAGUUCUGUGUAUGAACUGAACAGGGAACUGCAGUUCCUUCUUAGUUUGAGUGAGACCCUGAAGACUGGCGUGACUGAUUGGCCUAAACCAUUAGGAAGAAAACCAGCAGUUGAACUAGUACAGAAACUUUUGAAAGAUUUAAAGGACGAAGUGGAUGGGUUGAAGAUGCCAAACAAAAAAGAUACUGAGAGUCCCCGGGAUGACACUACUGCAGUCUAUGGUUCCAUAAAAACUCUUUUUAGUCAGAGAGGAGACCUUGAUUUUGUUGAACAGCUGUGGUGCAAAAUAUGGAAGAAUGUCACUUCAUACGAGGAACUGGUAAACUGUUUCACAUUGAUCGUGAAAGCCCUUCAGCAAGGUGAUUUGCAGACAUGGGUUCAUCAAGGAAGUAACAGCUUACUGAGUAAACUGAUUAAGCAAUCUUAUUAUGAAAGUGUAGAGGCAGUUUCUCUUAGUGGUGACGCUCCAAUACAAAUGCUUCUAGAAAUUGGAUUGGAUAAAAUGAAGAGGGAUUACUUCAGCUAUUUUGUAGGCAAAGCAAUGGCAAUACGUACUCACUUGGACUACUUCAUGUCUACUUCGGUAGAUCUGCAGGAGCAGGUUCAUCGUGUUCAGAAACUCCAUCAUAUGCUGGAAAUCGUGGACAACAGUGUAGAACUUCUUAAACUUGAACAUGAGAACCUCAUCUUUUUGACACAGUCCUGUACAAACUACUACAAGCAAAAUCCCUUGAAUGAAAAGCAUGUAUUUCAGCUACCAGUCAAGACAGCUCUUGUGAAGGAGUUCUGCCAAAAUGCUUAUCCCCAAGUAUGGAGAGUGGAAAUCAGCAGUGGACAAGGACAGAAAAAAGUUAAAACAAUAUGGCAACUGGGCACCAGCCCUCCAGCUGAACACAUGAACUCAAGUGGUGUGGCUCUCCUGGAUGAUACAGAUGCUUGUGGCGGCAAAGAGGAAAUAUCUUUUAUUACCCUCGCUGAGUGCUCUCAGGUGUAUUUCAUAUAAAAAUAUAAGACAUUGUUAAUUGAAGUGAAAAUAAGAUCAGUAAUGAUCGUGUAUUGUAACAGUGUGUAUUUAAAUGACCUAUUUUAUGGCUUAAGAAGACUUCUUAAUGCCCAAAACAAAAAAAAACUAUGUAUAACCUAGCAGCAAGGAUCACAUAUUGUUCCUCCUAAAGAUUUAUAUAGUACUAGCUGAUAUGCCCGGAGUUGUUCGGGUCAAUGAAUAAUGUUUAUAAUAUUUAUUUGAUACAUAAUAAAUUUCUCUGAAACUUUUU